UUUCUCUUAUCCAUUCAUAUUUCAGUCACAAAAUAUCUUCAAAUUCCACAAUUUUAAUUUGUUUAAUUACUUGAUCAAAAAUCUUUUUUUAUCUCCAAAAUUAGUAAGCCAAAAAUGACGAAACAAAUUAAUGGUAGUAGUAACACCAAAGAUAAUAAUAUCAUUCGCGCUGGAAAACAAACACUUUCGGUUCUUCUCCAUAGCUCCGAACCAAACAUCUUCAUAACAACAAAUUACAAACAACACGAAAACAACGAAUCCGGUCACCGUAGUAGCAACGCUUCGUCUGUUAGUCCUAACACGUCUUUAAAUUCAUCUCCGGUACGUCAUUUCAUGUCACCAAUUAAGUAUAUGCAAUCACCGUAUUCGAAAUCUCCAUGGACUAAUCUCCCUUAUGGAAGUGAUAGAGAAAAUGGUUAUAUCGGGAAUACCGGGUUAAUUGGAUCUUUGGUACGUGAAGGAGGUCAUAUUUAUUCAUUAGCUUUAUCUGAUGACUUGUUGUACACGGGCUCGGAUUCUAAGAACAUUAGGGUAUGGAAGAAUUUGAUGGAGUUCUCGGGGUUCAACUCAAGUAGUGGAUUAGUGAAAGCUAUCCUUGUAAUUGGUGACCAGAUAUUUACUGGUCACCAGGAUGGAAAGAUUCGGGUUUGGAAGUAUUCAGGUAAGAGAAAAAAGGGUUAUAUACGGGUGGGUAACUUACCCACCACAAAAGAUUUUAUUAAAAGCUCCAUGAAACCUAGUAAUUACAUAGAAGUACGACGUAGUCGUAAUGUUCCUUGGAUAAAACAUUUCGACGCGGUUACAUGCAUGAGUUUGGAUAAAAAACAUGGGUUGUUGUAUUCAGGAUCUUGGGAUAGAUCCAUGAAAGUCUGGCAACUUUCAAAUUUUAAGUGUUUAGAAUCUAUAGAUGCUCAUAACGAUGCUAUCAAUAGCGUCGUAGUGGGGUUUGACAGCCUGGUCUUCACUGGUUCCUCGGAUGGAACAGUGAAGGUCUGGCGAAGGGAGUUGGUUGGGAAAGCAAAAAAGCAUAUUUUGGUUUACACACUUUUGGAUCAAGAAAGUGCGGUGACAUCUGUGGUGGUCAACACCACAGAUGCGACCGUGUACGCUGGAUCCUCGGAUGGAUUGAUUAACUUUUGGGAAUUUGAAAAACAAGCGUUGUCUCACGGUGGGGUUUUGAGGGGACAUAAACUUGCGGUUCUUUGCCUUGCAACCGCAGGGAACUUGUUGUUGAGUGGCUCCGCGGAUAAGAGUAUAUGUGUAUGGAGAAGGGAAGGAGGUGGCAUUCACACAUGUUUAUCGGUUUUGAAUGGACAUACCGGACCGGUUAAAUGUUUGGCUGUCCAAGAACGAAGUGAAGACAAUGAAAAUGACGAGAACUAUCAAGAGUGGGUUGUUUAUAGUGGUAGUUUGGAUAAUUCUGUUAAUCUUUGGCGUGUUUCGGAACAACCACAAAUAUGCAACCGUUAAUUAAAAGAGAAAUGACCAAGGUUUUUGAAUCUUUCCAAGGAGCCUUCUAUCGGCCAAGCUUUGGGCAUGCUUUUGUUGAAACCUUAAUGACAUGGCUUCACGGAUUCAUGCAGAUUAACUCAAAAGAUGAGACAAGUUAUUGAAGUAAUUAUUUUCUGCUGACUAUCGUUGAUAUGGAAUUUCAGAAAUGAAUUAAAUUAAGUAGUAUUUGGUAAUAGUCACCAAAUGAACGAAUUAUUGCUUUUUGAUUCGGUAGUUUUAUUUUUUAUUUUUUGGUUUUUUUUU